AUGAAGAAACGCGCUGCAGGCAACGAUGCGCAGGGGCCGCACACGAAACGCAUGGCGACUGCCCUGGACGCCACGGCACGCACGGCGACGAAGGCGAUAGAAGCCGGCCGCAUGCCAUCAGAGCUCGACCGCCCCGUUGUCCUCUCGCUGCUGAUGCGCGACCUUGCGUCGCCCGGCGCCUCGGCGGCCGCGGUGGAAGGCGCGUCCGGCGCGCUCGUCCAGCUGCUGGAAGCCGAGGAUGGCGCCGCCGCCGCCGCCGCGGCCGAGCUGCUGGCGGCGGGGGCGCUGCCGGCGCUUGCAGGCGCCCUGGGCGCCACGGGCCGCGCCCCGGGCGCAGCCGCGCGGGUGCUUCUGAGCCUCGCGUUGGCGGCUGGCGACACCAGCGCACGAUUGGCCAUGAUCGGGCGAAUGGCGGACACUGAUGGCAUGCUGAGCGGCCUCAUGGCCACCCUUCAAAACGAGGACGACCCUGAACCAGCCGAGUGCCGCACGCUGACAGCACACAUCCUCAGCAUGCUGGCAUUUUCCGAGGGUGCAGUCGCCCGCAUCGCCGCCCUCCCGGACGCCGCCGCCACGCUCGCAACCGCGGCGCUGUCAGUGCAUGCCACAGGGGCAGCCUGCCUGCACAUGUUCGUGACUCUGCUGUUACAGAUUGCAGGCGAGGGGGCGGCGCGGGCGUGGACACCAGAGGCCAUGACGCGUGUUGUCGACGUGAUGGCGCUGGCGGCAGAUGAGGUCGAAGUCGAAUUGGCGGGGCUGGCAAUGAUCACACUGCAGCGGCUCGCACUCGCAGCCGAUGCGGCCCCGCGCAUCGCCGCACACCCGGCCGCCAUGCGCGCGAUGGCAAAAGCGGCCGUCGGCGCCGAGGACACGGAUGUGCGCGGCGCGGCAGAGGCUGCGCUGCGAGCCGUCGCGCGUUGUGACGUCGAGGCAAAAGCGGCCGUGGCGUCAGCGCUCGCGGCGCGGCUGGUGGCGGGCGACGCCGCGUCGCGCGGCCGUGCACGAGCACUGUUGCGGGCCGCGCCGCUGUCGCUGCCGUCGCUGGCGGUCGCCGCGCUCGAGGGUGCUGUUUCCCUCGCGGCCGGCGAGGUGGCGGCGCUGAAAGCAGAGGUGGAGGAGCUGUGGUCAAUCCCGGUCAACACACGCGCGGCGAUCGUGGAGCUUGCGACGGCAGUGAGGGGUAGGCCUGGGUAG